AUGUGGGCUGAAGCAGUAACAUCAUUUGACCCCAAUGCUCCUGAUGUCAUCCUACUUUCAGCGCACCCGCUGGAUAGCAUGGAGAUGGCAGAACACGGGUUGCACCUGGACAAGGUCACCUGUCAUUUAUUUGACAAGCAGGAGAUAGAUUCUGAGCAAAACAGAAGGAAGAAUCUAGUACUGUAUACUUCGGCAGGGCUUGCUCCCACCAUAGAGAUCUUCAACAGUAGUUACUCACAAGUUUUCUACUUCAAAAUGCUUCUGGCUGAAGAUCAGGUUACCUGGUCUCUUAAGGUUCCCCGACAAGACAUUGCACAUAAUACAGAUGUUGCUCCAACAGAACAAUGGUAUGUAAAAUUCAAUAUGCAUCACGGAUUGAAUAUGUUUACUACUCAAGGAACUCUACUGGAUAUUGCUCGAGAGCCUAUUCUUCGGUGGAAAUUACCUAAUUUGGUGAAUAUAAGCAAAUUGAUACCCCAUGUCUUGAAAAUGAAAGUGACAAAAAGCCCUUGUGCAAGUGAUGUGGCUAUAAUUGGUUUGGUAUUUGAUGAAGAAGUUGAUGAUUGCUCCGAUUUAGGACUUUUGGACCUCGUUUUAACCAACACUCGAUUAAUCUUACUUACUACACUGGGACUAUUUAUCAGUGAAGAUUUGCGCUAUGGAAAUUUCCAUGAAUUAAAAUUCCACAAACCAAACUUAUGUGGAUUUGAAAUGGAUGAUUAUUUCAGAGCAAAAGUGUGGUAUAAUGUCCAAUGUCUGGCUAACCAAGAAAACUAUGAAGUGGAUUAUAUUUCUCUUACAUUCAACAAAGAUAGAACAUUAAGCCAGGAUAAGACAUUAAUAAGGGUCUAUAAGUUAACAAACCACAAACUGAAUAAAAGGAGAAAGUUUCCAGACUUUUUCUUCCCAGAUCCUAAAUUUGAGGGAUUAGGCAUGUUUUUCCACCCAAACAGUCACUUUCUGUAUGUUUAUGGAAACCAGGUGUGGCUUUCUGAUGAUGGAGGUAACAAAUUCAAACUUUUAAUUAAUUUAGUGGGUGAGACUGUUGCAGAAACAGAUACGUGUGUUUACACCCAAGCAAUUAUAUUUGUGACUGACACUGGGAGUGUUUUCUACACCAAGGCAGGCUAUACAGGUACCAGCCAGCCCAGUACCAGCAACAUCAAUAUCUAUAUCGUCAGCAAUUUGGUUUUCAACACCAACCCCAAAAACGAGGGCAAGCAAAAGAACAAACAAACUCUGCCUUCUCCUAGGGAGCAGUUGGGUGUAAAAAGAUAUGCCAAGCUUACAAGUGUAGAACAGACUAUAUUUUAUAUGAACUUUGACCACUUGGGAGAUUUAUAUCGUAUUAUUUUAAAUGAAACAUCUAAAGAUUUCCUAGCAGUGCGGAUCAUGGAUGUGAACACUUUAUUGCAGGAGGAUGAUUUAGCUUUUGAUGGCGCUUUAUCUCCACAGUACAUCACUGAAGAGCAGAUAAUGUUUUUUAGUCAUAUUCCACCAGGUUCAGUUGGACCAAGAUUCUAUAAUCUGUACAUCGGAAAAGCAUUAGAAUAUGGGAUGGGAGGAUCAGGUAUAAUCAACAAGGUUUUCGAGCACAACUAUCCUCCAUAUUUUUCAUCAUCUAUCGUUGUUGAUGUUCUGGAUCGGUUCCCUAUUGAGGCUAGCACUAGCAGCCCUUGUGUAUUAAAUACUUUAACCAUUUUGCAACCUGAUCCUGGUACUACUGCAUUUAAGCUUCAGCUUGGUGCUUCAGAUACUCACAUAUUUCUACCAUCCGACAUUGAGAAAACUGUUGUGAUUCCAGGAUUCAGCAGUUUCCUCAUUACUGAUGUUAAGGAUGACCUCACUGCUUUAGCGGAUGCCACUAUGCCUCACCGAGCACCUUUAAAUACUGCCUUUAAAAGCAGGCGGUGGUUCCUGUAUGACUUCGGCACUACAAAUGGAAGGAAAUGGAGGGUUGUUGUUGACAGAUGUAGAUACACAAUACAGCAGCUUGAUGAUCUACCCGUCCAUGUUAUUAAAUACUUGGAUCUUGGGUCAACACUUAAUUUUUCAUUCAGAGUGACACCAGUUAAUGUAGCUUAUCAAGUAUUUCGGAUGCACCUAAUGGAGGUAAUAGUAGGAAAUCCCAGUCUACUGGUUGCGGAUGCAGAAGACCACUGGGAUGACACUGAUAGUUAUAUAAUGAACCUAAAGGUUCAAAGCAGAUUUUUUGAGCAGGGUAAAACUUCCAUUGCUGUGAUUGUCAUACAAGCAUCCCUUGUUUGCGAUGUCACAACCCUUAUAUUAACACUGAAGAACUCCUGCUCAUAUCUUAAAGUAAUGCACUACACUCUGCCUGUUCAACUGUCUGCUUCAGACUGGCUUUCACAACUGGCCAAUGCCUCAAAACAACUAAAGAAUUUACCGGUGAACUAUAGGCCCCCAUCUAGACUGGGAAUUGCUGUUCCACUCACAGAAAACUUUUACAAUGUUGACCCUGAACAGCCUAGAAUGAGAGAUUAUUUUCAGGGAUCAAAAACUUCUGGGACUUACAAGCAGUGUGCUAACAAAACAAAGCGGCCCCAAUGUGGUUGUACAGAUAAUAUGAAGUUGUCAUUUUUUGUUGCCUUUUCAGACUGCAAAGAAAAGGCAAUCCGGAUGAAAUACCCAGUCUUAAAACUUCCCCUCAGUUUCACUGUUGAGAAUGAGGAUGGAUCUGUAAAUUUGUCAUCUCCUUAUUUUGUCACGAUAACAGAAGUCAACAACAGAACAAACUGGGAGGUUUCAGCCCAUUACUCUUUCCAAGCACCAGUUCAGAACAUCAACAGCUUCCUUGGAAUUAGGUGGGAAAGCAAGGGAUCUGAGCUUUUCCAUUUCAGGGUAACAGCUAUUCCUGGAGUCUCCUUUUGUAACUUAUUUGAUGAAUUUCAGAUUUAUAUUGAUGAUGCUCCAUUGGCUUUCCCAGGACAGUCUCUUAUCAGUUCAAUUACAGCCGUACUAAUAGGUGUUACUAUAUUUGGGGCAUUUAUUCUGGAAGUAUAUGAAAUUCCAGCAUGGAGCCUUUUGAAGAAAAGACUACGAAAAGCAAGCAAGAUGAUAUCAAUAAUUUCUCUCACUACAUCUUCAUCAACUUCCACUGAAACUGAUGAAAAGUGA